AUGUACAUAAGGAACCAACUUAUUUUUGAAAAUCAGUUUGCCAGCCCUUCUAAUGUGCUCAAGUCAGCAGCUGCUGAUGUAGAGUUAUUCAAAGAGGCUAGACCAGCUCCAAGCAUGGGGGCUGAGUCUCUGGCCGAAAUGGCUCCAAUAGAUCCCAGAAGAACAUGGAGGGCUCCCCCUCCAGGAUGCUUGAAAGUAAAUCUAGAUGCUGGUUUUGACAAGACACGGCAGCAUAUGGGCAUUGGUAUAGUCAUUAGAGAUUCCUCAGGAGAUGCUCAAGUGACCCUUGCGGCUCCCAGGUCUUUUGUUCCCUCUGCAUACUUAGCUGAAUGCUAUGCCCUUUUUAGGGCUGUCUCUUUAUGCCAGGAACUGGGUUUUGAACUAGUUGAAUUUGAAAGUGAUGCAAAGAAUGUAGUGGAUGCAAUCAAUUCAAAUAGCUCAGAUAUGUCUUGGCCAGGUCAGAUCAUUGAAGACAUAAGGCUGAUAAUGGAGACACACCAAAACUGGAAACUUUCUUUUAUCCGUAGGGUUGGCAACCAAGCUGCCCAUGUUUUGGCAAAGCUUGGUUUAUCUCUAGAGAGUGAAUUAGUCUGGAUGGAGGAGGGACCAGAUGUGGUCCUUCCUAUCAUUGCUCUCGACAAGUUGUGUAUCUAUUAA